AUGGCGAAAAUGAUGAAACUUUACGCUAUGAUAUCGCUGGCGACGACAAUCUUAGCAGUCUGUACUUUAGCGGAAAAGAAAGAAGACGACGAGUUAAUCUUGGGACUGCUUACUCCUAAAUGUUUUGAGACUUUUGUGACUCAGCACGACUUUACCAAUGUCCAGUGUUUUAAAAGUAUUAUCAGUAAGAUAUUGAGCUAUGGUAUCAUUAUGGGCAGUUUGAUCCUGAAAUUACCACAAAUUCUCAAGAUUUUAGCAGCUAAGGACGUUACGGGCCUUACACCGAGUGCUUUUUACAUGGAAGCAGUGCUUUAUUUGUCCAGUACCAUCUACAAUUUGUUACGUGGCUAUCCAUUGACCACGUGGGGUGAGAACCUGGUGAUCCUGGCUCAAAACAUUCUUCUAGUGCUGCUGUUAUGGAUGUUUUACACGCCUAAAAUCCCAGUAUCGACUCGGUUUGGAUUUGUGCUGGUAUUUGCUGCUAUGGCGAUGGGAAUGCUCUCCAUCCCGGAAGAAUUUCAGUGGCUGCUGGCAUCAGCGGGGAUUCCCGUGAGUAUUGUCGCUCGUAUUCCACAGAUCUUGUCCAACUUCAAACAGGGUCACACGGGUCAGUUGGCCCUUGUGACGUUAGUGCUUAACUUUGCUGGAUCAGUUGCGCGCUUGUUUACUACGAUGCAGGAGACGGGUGACCCGGUGCAAGUUGUAGGCUUUGGUGUGGGUAUCCUGCUUAAUUGUACGCUCGUGGUCCAGGUGCUGAUGUUCUGGGGAGCUACCAACAAGGCUCUUGUUCAGGCGUCCAAGAAGAAAUCCCAGUAG